AUGUCGAACCCCAAAGACUACACUGUCGGCUGGCUAUGUGCUAUCAACAUAGAACAGGGUGCGGCUGAAGCAUUGCUCGACGAAGAGCACCUGGCGCCCAGUGCUAUUGGUCCUCGCGAUAACAACACAUACGUACUUGGAAAAAUGGGACAGCACAACGUAGUCAUUGCUUGCCUACCAUUCGGAGAAUAUGGUAACAGCACGGCGGCAGCAGUUGCUAGAGAUAUGCUGAACAGCUUUCCUAAUGUGAGGAUUUGUCUGAUGGUAGGCGUCGGAGGUGGCGUCCCAACCACGCAUGAUAUCCGCCUAGGAGAUGUUGUUGUUGGAGUUUCGCAGGAUGGGCAGGGAGGAGUGUUCCAGUAUGACUUUGGGAAAGCAAUUCAGGACCAAGAAUUUCAGCCUACAAGGUGUUUGGACCAGUCGCCUGCACUAUUACGGGGCGCCGUGGACACUAUAAAUGGCAUACUCAACAAAAAUCCGAAUCUCCUGGAAGACUACCAACGGCCUGAUCCGAGUACUGAUCGACUCUAUCUCAGCGAUGCUGUUCACCCUUCAAAAAGCGAAAAGAGUUGCGCGGAAGUUUGCGGUGAUUCGAAGCUAAAGUCACGAGAGCAACGAGCCAAGAAUCAAGAAUCAAUGAUUCACUAUGGCCUUAUUGCAUCUGGUAAUCAGCUAAUGAAGGAUGCUUCGAUUCGAGAUACACUUGCCCUCAAGAAUCAUAUUCUUUGUUUUGAGAUGGAAGCAGCUGGGUUGAUGAACCAUUUCCCGUGUCUGGUUGUCCGUGGAAUAUGCGAUUACUCAGAUUCACAUAAGAAUAAGGACUGGCAAGGCUACGCAGCAAUGACCGCAGCAGCUUACGCAAAAGACCUCAUUGGACAGAUUCAUCCUACUACAAUUGAGCAUGAGAACAGCUUUGCAAAUGUUCCUUCCAAUGUGGCAAAACGCCUCGAGCAACCUGAUAAUGGGUACCAUGACCACAACAAGAUCGCCAUCCUUGACUGGCUCUCUCCACCCGACUCUAACACACAACCAAGUGACUAUCUCAGCAUACGUCAGGAAGGAUCCGGAGAAUGGCUGCUUAGCUCAGAAAAGUUCCAAACGUGGGUUCAAAAAAGGAAGCACAUGUUGUUCUGUCCAGGCAUGCCCGGGGCGGGCAAGACUGUUCUAACGUCGGUUGUAAUUGAUCACCUUCACGCACAGUUCAAAGAAGACUCAAAAACGGUUAUUGCAUAUUUCUUCUUCAACCACAAGCGGCGACACGAGCAAACAAUCGAUGUCUUACUGGCAAGCUUCUUGAGGCAGUUGAUAACAUCUCAAUCCCCUCUACCAGAAGUGGUACACGGGCUCUACGAACAAUACAAUACUGCAGCCAAACAGAUCCGACCACCUACCAAAGAACUCACCCGAGCUCUUCAAUCCGUAGUAGCAUUAUACUCGAGGGUUUUUAUCAUUAUCGACGCACUUGACGAGUGCGAGUCGGCUCACUGCACGCGGUCGAGGGUCCUAUCAUCCGUCUUUCAACUUCAAUCCGAAACAGAAGCAAAUUUUUUUAUAACUUCUCGUUUUGAUAUGGAAAUUGCAAGUGCGUUUUCGAGUACCCCUUCACUGGAGAUACGUGCGAGCGACGAAGAUGUGCAAAGAUACCUUAGAGGCAACAUGGUCUAUCUCCCAAGAUUUGUCCGGAACGAUCCCAACCUGCAGGAAAAAAUUAUUGGCAGUGUCGUUCAGGCUGUUCAGGGAAUGUUUCUUGUGGCCUACCUUCACCUCGAAUCUCUGAAAAGAAAAACAACACGGAGGGAGAUUACUAGUGCUUUGCAGAAUCUAGCAACAGGUUCUGAUGCAUACGAACAAAUCUAUACAGCAACGAUGGAAAGGAUUGCCGAACAAUCUGAAGAACAAACGCGAUUGGCAACGUCGAUUUUGUCCUGGCUCACCUUUGCGUGGAGGCCAAUGAGAGUGAUUGAGCUUCAGCACGCGCUUGCGGUAAAAGAAGGGCAGUCGAAAUUUGACAAAGACAGCAGGCCAGACACUGAAUGUAUGGCGUCUGUAUGUGCUGGUUUGGUUACUAUCGACAACAAAAGCGGCACCAUCCAAUUGCUUCACUACACAGCUCAAGAAUAUUUCCAACAGACGUUCAAGAGAUGGUUCCCAGAAGCCCACUCCAAAAUCACAAUGACCUGUAUUACCUACUUGUCAUACAAAACAUUUAAGCUGAGAGCAGGCGAUGGCCCUUGUUCUAUUGUAUCACGCGUGGAUUCUCACCCGUUCUACGGUUACGCUUCUCAUUAUUGGGGUCGCCAUGCCAGAGAAGAGUCUGUCCUAGGAAAUGAAACAAUGGAGUUUUUAACGGAUACAGCGAGAAUGAAAUCAUAUCACAAAAUACUCAAGCAUAUCCAAUGGCACGAAAACGAACCCGCUUUCUCGGAGUUGAAAAGUCAAACUACGGUGUUACAUUUAGCUGCCUGGUUUGGGCUUACAGCAGCCAUCAAACUACUACUUAGAAAAACUACCGCCAAUAUUGAGGAUACCAACGAAUUGGGCGACACCCCGUUGCAUGUCGCAACCAAACAUGGCUAUGCCGAUAUUGUUCAACUACUGAUAAACAAUAACGCCAAUAUCGAUGCUGUUAAUGAUGAUGACGAAACAUCGCUGCAUAUUGCAGCUGAAAACGGCAGGAAACCUAUCGUGCAACUGCUGCUAGAUAAGGAAGCUAAUACCGAACUGGAGAAUUAUUAUUUCAGGACACCGCUUCAUCUUGCAGUUUUAUGGAGCCAUGAAGAUAUUGUUCGACAACUGUUGAAACGUCGUGCCGAUAUCGAAGCUCCGAAUUUAGAUGGUGAAACACCGCUGCAUCUUGCAGCUAUCAAUGGCGGCAAGAGGAUUAUUCGACAGCUGCUGAAAAAUGGUUCCAAUAUCGAAGCUUUAAACUUAAAUGAUGAAACACCUCUGCAUUGUGCAGCGGAGCACGGCAAUGAAGAUACUGUUCGGCAGCUGUUGGACUGGGGCGCAAAUCUUGAAGCUGCUGACCGCGAGGGCAAAACACCGCUACAUCAUGCGGCGGGUAACGGCCAGCAGCGUGUUGUCCAACUGUUGCUAGAACGGCGUGCAACUACCAAUGCCGCCAAUACUGAUGGCCGCAAAGCACCGGAUUCCGCUGUUUUCUUGACAUAUGAGAACUACUCGAAUCCUUGGUCUGAAAAUCAGGAAGCCUCCUUCUAUCCGUUGUUAAACCAUGGCGCCGAUGUCAACACCGUUGAUGAAAAUGGUAAAACGCCGCUACAUUUAGCUGUUGAGUCUGGUCACCAACAAGUAGCCGAGUCCCUGUUAAACAAGGGCGCCAAGGUUGAUGCCACUGAUCUCCAUGGCAAAAGACCUAUAGAUUAUGCCCAAGAGCAUUAUCACUCUGGAGCAGACCGCUCCCCGCAUCUCGUUCAGUUACUGUUAGAUAACAGCGCCACUAUCCAGGAUACUGAUCGCUGGGACCAUAAAGAAUAUGUGGUUCCCGAGAUUAAAACUGAAUUCGGCGAGUUGGUAUUGCGUUGUACUGAAGGCGCAGUUAGAGCACCAGACAUGAAGAUCGAGGACUUGGAUAGCCGCAUGAGCAAGAGGCCCAGACUGAGAUCACAAGAAGAGGAUAUAAAAAUGACUGGAAUGGGUAUGUUCGAAACAGACGAAUUGUGUUUAUUCUGA